CAGCCGGUGAACGGGCAGGAAGCAGCCGGUGAACGGGCAGGAAGCAGCCGGUGAACGGGCUGGAAGUAGCCGGAGAACAACAUGUAUUCAUCCAGGAGCAGGAAGCCAGUUCUCUACUUUAAAGAGGAAAGAAGGUUCCUGUCGGGGAGGUGUACGGUCUACAAGCUGUUUGGACUCUGCAUGGUCCUGGUUCUGGUCUCCCUGCUGUGGCUGCAGCUCAGCUGUUCAGGUGACGUGUCCUCGGCGACGCCCGACGAGAGGCGUGUCCUCCAGCCGGCGCCGCCCUGCGCGGCCGACGGUCCRGCGCCUGCGUUGGACCAGCCCUCCUGGGGUCCUCACAAACUGGCCCUGCUGGUCCCCUUCAGGGAGCGCUUCGACGAGCUGCUGCUCUUUGUUCCCUUCAUGCACAACUUCCUGAACACCAAGAAGAUCCGCCACAAGAUCCUGGUCAUCAACCAGGUGGAUCACUACAGGUUCAACCGAGCGUCUCUCAUCAACGUGGGCUACCUGGAGAGCGGGAACGACACGGAUUACCUGGCCAUGCACGACGUGGACCUGCUGCCCCUCAACCAGGACCUGGACUACGGGUUCCCCGAGGACGGACCCUUCCACGUGGCCUCUCCGGACCUGCACCCGCUGUACCACUACAAGACCUACGUGGGAGGAAUCCUGCUGCUCACCAAGAAGCACUAUCACAUGGAGCAGUUCAAAGUGGACCCUGACGGGGGUCUGACCAACCUCCAGUACCAGGUGGAGUCCCGGCAGGACCUGACCAUCAGCGGCGCUCCGUGCACCAUCAUCAACACCAAACUGCAGUGUGACCAGAGCCAGACGCCCUGGUGUCUGCUGGGGUAGAGGGGGCGGGGCUUCUGGGAGGACCGCCCAGCACCGAAGGACAAACCAACCAUGUGACUSUUUCAGGUACAGGAGUGACGGUUCUGAUCCGAGGAGCUGAACCGGGUCAGAGUGGCGAGGAGCUGCUCCGUCAGGAAGUUUUAUUGUUUUUCUUUUACGAACGGUCUGAGCUCAGCAUCCGGACGGACCGGUCUUUCCUUUGGAUCAUGUUGGACAUGAAGCGGACCAUCAGAACCAGCUCUGACUGGUUUUACUGCUGGUGGUCCGUGAGGAGUCAGGGUUUGGACCUCCGCUCUCGGACAGAACAUGUUUUUAUUCUUCYUGUCAGUGUUAAAGUAUCUUUUACAGCUGAGUUUGUAAUAAUUUAAAGAAAAACUGCAGAAUAAAGAGUUCAGCUUCAGCA